ACCGAUGCUCGAGCAACCGAACAACGCCUUAACUUUUCCCAUACUUCCAAUUCUACCCUCAAACCCCUUUCUUGCUUCCUCAUCAUUCCCUAGGUCAACCAUAGCUGAACCUCCUCAAAACCUAUACACACAAAAUUCCUGUAUCUAGCUAUCUCUCAAAUCUCAUUUCAAUUCGCUUCAGAUCUGAUGAUAUACUGAUCAAUCGAACGCGAAUUCAACGAGAUGAAGCCUUCGUCUGUGCGAAUCAACGUCGCCGCCAGCACGAAAGUCCUCGACGUCGAUAAUCGCAUCUCGCUGCGGUAUUACUUCAGAAUUGCCGAUAAUGUCCUCAAGCAGGCCAAUAUAUUUCGAGCUGAGAAGAAUUAUAUAGAUCUCUAUAUUAUGCUCCUGAGGUUUUCUAGUUUGGUGACAGAAACAAUACCACGGCAUCGUGAUUAUAGAGCAUCUUCACAAGCAGAGAAAAACUAUCUCAAGAAGAAAUCAUUGGAAGCCGUAAUUGAGCUAGAGAGCUUGAAGCCCACAGUCGAACGUAAGAUUGAUGAGUUAAGCAGGAAACAUACCCAUCAUAUAAGAGCACCUCAGAACAAUUCUUUCGGUUCUUCACAGGAAUGGCCGUCCGUUAAGAAACAAAAUUCGAAUAUGUAUGUCAAUAUUAAGGCACAACAACCUGCUGCACCAGAAUAUGCAUAUCAAAAUCAGAUCCAGCAGUUCUCACAUGCCAGUUCAGGCGAACCCCAAUUUCGAAGAUUAUCAUUAAGUAUCCCUCUUCCAAAGGAGGAAACACUUUCUAGACAUUCUAUAUUAGGUCCAAAUGGACUUCGUGGGCAGUGGCAACCCCCUACAAGUUUUAAAGGGAUAAGUUAUCCAAGCAAUAUAGACUUGACACCGGUGGAAAUCCCAAGGUUAGACUCCCUACCCAGAAGCGAUCUUUCAAGGGAUAACAGCAAGCAACAUCUAUUGGAAAAUGGAAAUUUGCUUAAAAAAGAUUCUAGUAUUUUAUCAGAUUUAGAAACAACGUUGCCAUCCAACAACGAUAAUAAGAUGCCUCAUACUGAAGAACUUGGCUCUCUGAAGCCACUGAACAAUGAUAUAAAGAUGCCUCAGGCUGAAGAACUUGGUUCAUUGAUUUCUUUCGACACAGUAGAACCUCCUGCGCAGGUAAAUUUGAUCAGACAGCCUUCUCCUCCCCCUGUUCUUGCAGAUGUACAGGAUUUAAUCCCUACAACAUUACCACCAGUCACUGAGGCAGAAUAUGGGAGAGAGGAUCCCUCUUCUGAUGGUUUAGCUUGUUCAGAAUCUCCCAUGGAGUUACAUAUUUCAACAACGAUGAUGGAGAGUUUCAUGAAGCUGGCAAAGUCAAAUACCAACAAGAACUUGGAAACCUGUGGAAUUUUGGCAGGAUCACUUAAAAACCGCAAAUUUUAUAUAACCGCUCUUAUCAUCCCAAAGCAAGAAUCAACUUCAGACUCGUGUCAGGCCACAAAUGAGGAAGAAAUAUUUGAAGUGCAGGACACACGGUCUCUUUUUCCCCUAGGAUGGAUUCAUACGCACCCCACACAGUCUUGUUUCAUGUCAUCAAUAGAUGUUCAUACCCAUUACUCCUAUCAGAUCAUGUUGCCGGAGUCUGUAGCUAUUGUUAUGGCGCCAAAAGAUAGCUCUAGGAACCAUGGUAUAUUCCGAUUAACCAAUCCAGGGGGCAUGGGGGUUAUACGAAAUUGUCCACGCCGUGGCUUUCAUUCUCACGAUCCACCAUCCGAUGGUAGUCCAAUAUACAAACAAUGUACAGAUGUUUAUUUAAGUCCCAAUGUAAAGUUUGAUGUCAUUGAUCUACGUUGACAACAAAGUGACAAUCACUUUGCUGGAGAUAUACAGAAAUAGGUCAAAUGUCUUGCAAAUACUUGUAUAGUGCAAAUGAUUAGGCAAUUGUCCAUUUGUUGUACUAGUUGGCUCAUCGGUGCAAGUGAAACUGUUUCACUAGCAAAUUCAGUUUUGGAUGGAAAAAAUUGGAACAUGAUCUUUGCCAUAGCCUAAAUACGUGUGGAUAUCUUGAAUGUUGCUGAUCUCUGAACUUGUCAUAAAUGACCAUCAUAUACAACGAUUGCGGUUUUGUGUUUCUUAAAA